CGACUACCCGUCACCACUCUCGCGCGCAGCAGUCCGUGGUUCUAUCUGCUCCGUCUUUCCCACUGUUUAACGAUCCGAUAACCCCUCGGACCCCUCCACUUCCGUCACAAUGUCCGGCCUCUGGAACACCCUCACCGGAGGCAACAAGAAGCAGCAACAGCAGCAAGAGCCCGCCGCGCCCGCCCCCAGCGCAACCCAGACAACCACCACCACCACCGCUCCCUCAUAUCCCUCGCCCUUCGAUGCUAGCCAACCUCAAGGCGUCGAGGCCUUCCUCGGCAGCUCCUCCUUCGCCGACCCCACACAACUACACCCCCUCGCCGGCCUCAACAAGGAAACACUAGACUACAUCUCGCUCGAGGACACCCCGCUGCCCGAUGCCGCCGGCGCCUCAGUUCUGCCCUCGCGCGGCUUCACCGACGACCUCUGCUACGGAACCGGCAUCACCUACCUGACGGCCCUCACUCUCGGAGGCGUAUGGGGUUUGAACGAGGGUCUCAAGAGAUCGGUUGGCCAGCCGCCCAAGCUGCGCCUCAACUCCGUCCUUAAUGCUGUCACCCGUCGCGGUCCCUACCUCGGCAACUCGGCCGGUGUCGUCGCCAUCUGCUACAACCUAAUCAACGCCAGCAUUGGUUACGUGAGGGGCAAGCACGAUGCCGCCAACACAAUCCUGGCCGGCGCUCUUAGUGGUAUGCUCUUUAAGAGCACCAGGGGUCUGAAGCCCAUGAUGAUCUCGGGUGGUAUUGUUGCGACGAUAGCCGGUGCUUGGGCAAUCACCAGGAGGACGCUCUUCCCCUCCCCCCAGACCAACGAGGUUGACUGAAGCGGCGACGAAGAAUGAAACAAAAAACAUCUUCUUUUCCCUUCAUCACACGACUCUCUGGCCAUCGUUGCUCCGCUCCCAACAAAAGAGCGCAUAGCUAGCCAGCCUUCUCUAUUACUUUAAUCUUCGGAGAGCCGACAGAAAAAAAACCAGAGUCUUUCUCACCAGCACGGAAGACACUGCCAAGAAUAUGACAGGCGCUCGGACUGGUGGAUGUGUACGAACAAGAGAGAGGGGAGAAAAAAACAAAGAAA